UCAUAAUCAGGGUGGUAUGUCUGUUAAGACUAUAAAAGUCUCAUGAUUCUGCUCAGCUAGCUCUGCAAACUCCUUUGAUUAUUCUGCUGUUUCACUACUGGGCGACCAGGACACCAGAAUGAGUACUGAAAAGUCUCCUGAGGAACUGAACAGGAUUUUUGAAAAAUAUGCAGCCAAAGAAGGUGAUCCCAACCAGUUGUCAAAGGAUGAACUGAAGCUAUUGAUUCAGGCUGAAUUCCCCAGUUUACUCAAAGGUCCAAACACCAUAGAUGAUCUCUUUCAAGAACUGGACAAGAAUGGAGAUGGAGAAGUUAGUUCUGAAGAAUUCCAAGUAUUAGUAAAAAAGAUAUCCCAGUGAAGGAGAAAACAAGAUAGCACCCUGAGCACCAAAAAAAGAGCACCUAUGCUGUGGUCUUACCCUAUGUGGAAUCCACCAGAGUCUCUGGUUUAAUUGUUUGCAAUUAUAAAGAUCUGGCUAUGAGGUUCAAUUAUUGUUAAUAAAUAAAUUAUUAGACAUA